AUGGCGGAGUUCGGUAACGGAAUGGACUCGGGGAUGACGGAGGAAUCCCUGCUGGACUCAGACCCAGGGCACCCAGAACUAGAAGACCCGGGUGUUGGCGAUGAGGAACCGGGAUUAGAGGAGGGAGAGGCCGCGAUCGAGGACCCGGUAAGUGAAGAACAUAGUUUAUGCCCAAAACCUCACUCAAAUUGAGAUAAUACAUGUGUAUUGUACAAUAGAGAUUGCGGGUGUAAAUACGUUAUUUUAAGCUGCAAUCAGCUAUAUUAUUAUUCCCCGUGGUGUGUCAUUUAUCUCCUGGUCGAUAACCGACAUUGUGGCUUAGUACAAAUGGGUGGUGACAUGCGUGAUUUUGGCGGCCAUGUUGGCGCAGCAGCGGUGGUAGUUUCUCUGCGCCAGUGCUGUCGACCUAGUGGGGAAAAAAAAUAUUCGUCGCAAAAAUGCAAGACGGAGAUGUCGACAGGGGCGAGGGUAGGACAGGCCGCCAUUAGCCGCGGUAUUGCGAGUCCAUCCGCAGACACGGUGAGAGCUCACGGUAAACACGCCUCCUUUAUUUUCUCAAACGCUGACAGCUGCUGAAAUGGAAGCGCUGAUGCGCAUACUGAACAUGAUCGUCAACUCCGUGAAAAUUAAGUGUUGACUAGUAAACACGCGUUGUAAUGUGCUGACUAACUAUCUAACUGUAUAUAACUAAAAUGCAAGCAAAAGGUAUGCGGCACUUGCUCUGUUGUAGUAUGGAUGAAUGGAUAUGGAUAUUUGGCCUGGAUAUAGUGGAGGGAGCCGACGAGCUAAUGUUAGUUGGGCAGUUAGCUAGCUAAUAAUUGGGAUGUUGCUGACAUGCACCUGACAUGCAAGUGUAUUCUCCCACUAAAGACAUUGAGUGACAUGCAAAACGCAAGUAUAAAAAAAAAAUAAUGUAAUUUUGACUAUUAUAAGGAGGUAUUAUCUCUUGAAAAAUUAGUGGGUUAUGGAUAUUACUGUAGUAGUGUGCAAAUAUGCGGUUUGCAAAUACUCUGAAAUUAAAGCUGUUGGCUUGCAUUUAAAUGUUAUCUACAAUUUUUCUGAUUUUAUAUGCAAGUGUGAUCGUGGUCUUUGGCAUAGAAUGUUUUCGAAAGCAAUUCUGUAAGCACGAGACUGGGGGUGCGGUAUUUUUUAGGGCUGGGCAUGCAUCCUUAGAUAUUUUCGGAAGGAGGGAAGAGACUACAGUAAAUAUGCAACAAAAUGCAGCCAGUCAUCACCGAAUCAAAUAAGCCAUGUAUUCAUGAAUUUCACUGUUUCCUCUUGAAGCCUGUCAAAGCUGUUGAAUUUGUUUAUUGAUUCUUAUGAUCAAUGGGACCAUGUAUGAUAUCCCCAAGACCUGGAAUGGAUUUCACUGCAAUGCAAAUAGUGUCAGUAGUCCAGGAUGGAUUUGGAGCAACUCCCAUUGAGCUGCAAUGCAGCAGUGUCAAGGGAGCCUGCUCUGUGAGGCUUGAAACCAAUAAGGGAUCCCACCCAACAUGACGUGUGGCACCACCGUCUUAUUGACCAUCACUGGGGCGGUGGGGUUUCUUGCGGAGCGAGAAGUCUGUGAAAUUAAUGGUGAAUAAAUGCUGCCUGUUACAAAGACCCUGAGCUGAUGGGAUGGUCAUAUGCAAGGCUGUUCCACUCAGCAGCCAGUGCAGGAACAGUGUCAGCUUAGGCUACUGAAAUGUCAAGUGUGUCAUGCGCUUGCACGGCAUGGAUGAAUAUGAUGAAUUAAUUCCUUUAGUAAAUAUUUCUUGUUUUCUUCCGAUGAUGUCUGUCAGUCCUGCGGUGUGGUGUGUGUUGUAAUUGAUGGGUAUCUGUGUAUUGAUUUUUCAGGAGCUGGAGGCGAUCAAAGCUCGGGUGCGAGAGAUGGAGGAGGAAGCGGAAAAGCUGAAGGAGUUGCAGAACGAAGUGGAGAAACAGAUGAAUCUUAGCCCUCCACCAGGUGAGUUUGUGGGAAGAAAGAGCAAUAAUGUGCCUCAGAAUGUCUCCCAAAAAUGACUGUUUGAGAAGACAGAAUGAUUGUUGUAUUUCACGGAAGUUUCCAGAGCAGCUACAAGACAGAUUAGUUAAUAUCAGACCCUUCCAAAUCUGUAUAAGUUUGUUCUGAAGUUCACCAUUUUAAAUUUCACUCCUCGUCUCAAUUUUGCUCUCUCUAGCCGGUCCCGUCAUUAUGUCCAUCGAGGAGAAAAUGGAAGCCGACGCAAGAUCUAUCUAUGUUGGAAACGUAAGGCUUCACCCCCUCUUAACCUCAGAUGGUGUUUCUAUUUGGGUUGUAUGUGGAAUUCACCUGGUUAGGCCUAUCGGGUUCAAGGUGAAUUCUAUCAUAUGAUGUGUGUAGCAAAGUUUCAAAUUGACAUCAAUGCAUGAUUUUCACACUUCUUUGAAUGCAAAAACCUAAAUUUGGUGUUUGAUUCAGUAUGCGGAAUUGACUAGCCACUCUGUGUGUGUCAGAGGUAUCUCACUGUUCUCCCUCUCGGUGGACAGGUUGAUUACGGCGCCACGGCGGAGGAGCUAGAAGCUCACUUCCAUGGUUGCGGCUCAGUCAACAGAGUCACCAUCCUGUGUGACAAGUUCACAGGGCAUCCCAAAGGGUAA